GUCCGUCCGUCCCAGCCGUGACGUCACACGUGUGUCGUGUGUCUAUUGUCUGACUGAAGGCGUCUAUCCCCGGGUCUUUCUUCCUUCAUAGCCCCCCCCCCCCCCACCCCUCCUCCUUUCCCUCCCACGAUCCCCCUCUUCCGUAGAGGGGGGCAAUGACAACACAAAAGCAAAAAGGAUGGACGCGAGCGAGCAAGCGAGCGGGAGGCGCCAUGCCAGCCGCUAACUGGAUCUGACCGGGGCUGAGGAGUGUCGGCGUUAAAGGCGUUUGUGAAGCUCCACCGGGCCUCUUUUGUAUUUUUUGGCGUCCGGGACGUUUUACGCGUCUGGCGGGCGGCUGCAUUGUGUUUCUUUGAUGACCCCUGCUGUGUAGCUGCCUGCUCACCACCACCUCCUCCCCUCCUCUCUCUGUCAUCGCCCCCCCCUUCCUCUCCUCCUCCUCAUCCUCCUUUCUCUCCAUCACAGCUCCCGAUCCAGCCAUGUUCGGCACAGAGUCGUCACUAAGCAUGUUUCUCAACACCCUGACACCCAAGUUCUACGUGGCUCUGACGGGCACCUCCUCCCUCAUAUCAGGACUCAUUUUGAUCUUCGAGUGGUGGUACUUCAGGAAGUACGGCACUUCCUUCAUCGAGCAGGUGUCUGUGAGCCACCUGCGCCCCCUGCUGGGUGGCGUGGACAGCAGUUCCCCUAGCAAUUCCAGCGCCAGCAACGGCGAGGCUGACUCCAGUCGGCAAAAUGUGUCGGAAUGUAAAGUUUGGAGAAACCCGCUGAAUUUAUUCCGAGGAGCCGAGUACAAUCGGUACACGUGGGUGACGGGCCGAGAGCCGCUGACGUACUACGACAUGAACCUGUCAGCGCAGGACCACCAAACCUUCUUCACCUGCGACUCGGACCACCUGCGGCCCGCCGACGCCAUCAUGCAGAAGGCAUGGAGGGAGAGAAACCCUCAAGCACGCAUCUCGGCUGCACACGAAGCUCUGGAGCUGGAAGACUGCGCGACGGCGUACAUCCUGCUGGCCGAGGAGGAGGCCACCACCAUCAUGGAGGCCGAGCGCUUGUUCAAGCAGGCGCUGAAAGCCGGCGAGGGAUGCUACCGCCGCAGCCAGCAGCUACAGCACCACGGUACGCAGUACGAGGCCCAGCACAGAAGAGACACCAACGUGUUGGUGUACAUCAAGAGGAGACUGGCCAUGUGCUCCAGAAAGCUUGGCCGGACGAGAGAGGCGGUGAAGAUGAUGAGAGAUUUGUGUGUUUUCCAGUUAAUGAAGGAGUUCCCUCUCCUCAGUAUGUUCAACAUCCACGAAAACCUGCUGGAGUCGCUGCUGGAGCUGCAAAACUACGCCGACGUGCAGGCCGUACUGGCCAAGUACGACGAUAUUAGCUUACCCAAAUCUGCAACGAUAUGCUACACAGCAGCUUUGCUCAAAGCCAGAGCCGUGUCAGACAAAUUCUCUCCAGAGGCAGCGUCUCGACGAGGUUUAAGCACGGCAGAGAUGAAUGCAGUAGAAGCAAUUCACAGAGCUGUGGAGUUCAACCCGCACGUUCCCAAAUACCUUCUGGAGAUGAAGAGUCUGAUCCUUCCUCCGGAGCACAUCCUCAAGCGAGGAGACAGCGAGGCUAUCGCGUACGCCUUCUUCCACCUGCAGCAUUGGAAGCGUGUCGAGGGAGCGCUCAAUUUACUGCACUGCACCUGGGAGGGCACAUUCAGAAUGAUCCCGUAUCCUUUGGAGAAAGGUCAUCUCUUCUAUCCUUAUCCCAUCUGCACAGAGACAGCAGACAGAGAGCUGCUACCCAUGUUCCACGAGGUGUCGGUAUACCCCAAGAAGGAGCUCCCCUUCUUCAUCCUCUUCACAGCCGGCCUCUGCUCCUUCACCGCCAUGCUGGCUCUGCUCACGCAUCAGUUCCCGGAACUCAUGGGCGUCUUUGCCAAAGCGUUCCUGAGCACGCUGUUUGCGCCGCUCAACUUCAUCAUGGAGAAGGUGGAGAGCAUCCUGCCGUCCAGCCUUUGGCACCAGCUCACACGCAUCUGACAAACUUGACUGGUUUUGUUUUUUUUGUUUUGUUUAUUUUUGGAUUAUUUAAAAAAUUCUUUGUUGUACAAAAAAACAAGUUGCCAUC